UUCUUCCAACUUCCAGCCAAAAUCACAUAAUUUACUAUCGUCAACCACUAAUUAUUCACACCCAAGAUUUAUAGACCUGUAUUGAAGUUUACAACGCAGCGACGCAUUUUCAUGUAACUAUAUGUUUAAUGCACUUUGAGAAUGUGUUGUGCUGCUAGCAUUAGCUUUAGCGCUGAUGUGAGCUAGCACAUUGUUUACAGGAUGAAGAGGACACGCGAGAGGAAUUGAUUUUUCUAUUAUUUAUUAGUGCGACUAUAAAACAUGAUUUGACCAGAGCAGCAGCAGCACAAUGCCCGUAAUCCUGUUUCUGAUAGACACCUCCGCCUCUAUGAACCAGCGCUCUUACCUGGGUACUACAUAUUUGGAUCUAGCUAAAGGUGCAGUCGAGAUUUUCCUCAAGCUGAGGAGUAGAGAUCCAGCCAGCAGAGGGGACCGGUACAUGCUGGUUUCUUUCGAAGAAGCUCCCGCCGGGAUUAAGGCUGGAUGGAAAGAGAGCCAUGCCACUUUUAUGACUGAGCUAAGAAACCUGCAAGCUGUUGGAUUAACGACGUUUGGACAGGCUUUAAGGACUGCAUUCGAUUUGCUCAACCUGAGCAGAUUAGUUUCGGGGAUAGACAGCUAUGGACAGGGAAGAAACCCAUUUUUCUUGGAGCCUGCUGUUAUAGUGGCAAUAACAGAUGGCAGCAAGCUGACCAGCACUGCUGGAGUGCAGGACGAGCUGCAUUUGCCCUUGAUGACACCAUUGCCAGGCAGUGAGUUGACAAAGGAACCGUUUCGUUGGGACCAGCGGCUCUUUUCAUUGGUUCUUCGCCUCUCAGGUCAUGCCCCGUUGGAACCCGAGCCAGUGGGCGGUGUCCCAACUGACCCCUCACCUGUUACGCCAAUGUGUGAAGUGACAGGAGGACGUUCGUACAGUGUGUUUUCUCAACGUAUGUUGAAUCAGUGUUUGGAAUCUCUGGUGCAGAAAAUCCAGAGUGGUGUUGUCAUCAACUUUGAAAAGACGGGCGCCGACCCUACUGAAGAUGGCCCAUCAGAGGUAAAGUCUGGCCCUCAGCCUUGGCACAGCUGCCAUAAGCUGAUUUAUGUUCGGCCUAACCCCAAGACGGGUGUCCCUGUUGGUCACUGGCCCAUUCCUGAGUCCUUUUGGCAUGAUCAGAACUCCCCUACUCUGCCACCCCGAAUGGCCCAUCCCCAGGUGCGUUUUUUGUGUGCAGAGGCCGAACCAAUGGUCAUAGACAAGGUCCCCUUUGAUAAGUAUGAGCUGGAGCCAUCACCUCUCACACAGUACAUUCUGGAGAGAAAGUCACCACACACCUGCUGGCAGGUGUACAUGAGCAACAGCGCUAAAUACGGAGAGCUUGGGCAGCCCUUCGGUUACUUAAAGGCCAGCACUGUGCUUAACUGUGUUAACCUUUUCAUCAUGCCCUACAACUACCCUGUGGUGCUGCCCCUUCUCGAUGACUUGAUUCGAGUGCACAAGUUUAAACCCACUGUCAAAUGGCGCCAGGCCUUCGAGAACUACCUGAAAAUCGUACCGCCUUAUUACAUCACACCCCUGAGGAAGGCGCUAAGGAUGAUGGGUGCACCGCACCUUCUAGCAGAAAACAUGGAGUACGGUCUGAGCUACAGUGUUACAUCCUACCUCAAAAAACUGAGCCAGCAGGCGAAAGCGGAGGCCGACCGAGUUUGUGCCCUGGUGGGUAAGAAAGUGGGGUCUGAGGCUGGGAUUAAACUCCGCCCCCGAUUAUCUGCCAUCUCCCUGGCUCACAGGAAGGAUUUUGCACAGCUGUUACAAGGCAUCAUGGGAGAUGGGCCAAUAGAGUUCAACCACAAAGAGUUCUCGGGCUUUCAGCUGGCUGUGCUUAACAAGGCCCUGAAGCCACAGAGUUUACGGAACCCGUAUGACAUACCCAGAAUGCAUCUGCUGGACCAGCUGAGCCGCAUGAGGCGAAACCUUCUGAACACCAGCCUGUGUGCCCUAAAGGGCCAAGAUCAAGAUCAACUCCACAGUGUGCCCAUAGCACAGAUGGGCAACUAUCAGGACUUCCUAAAACAUGUCCCUGCCCCCUUAAGAGAGGCCGACCCUGACCAACCCAAGCGGGUGCACACUUUUGGGAAUCCUUUUAAACUGGACAAAAAGGCAAUGGUAGUGGAUGAGGCGGACGAGUUUGUGACGAGCACUCAAGGGAAAGGCAAGCGACCUGGGGAUGGCAGUUCAUCAGCUGGUGCCCCGAAAAGAAGAAGGUGCAUGUCACCUAUACUGCAGCGGGCAUACACUCCACCCAAUAAGACACCACCUAGAGUUCCUGAUACCAACCACUCAGUCCACUUUGAAUUGGAUCAUCCUCCCAUCGCCAACCAUGAAUCCAACCAUGUGGGCAGCCUUGAUUUGGAUUGCACCCCAGACUCUAAUCACAUGAGCCACAUGGACUCGGAUCAUACUCUGGAACUGGCAUCUUUACUGCCUAACCAUUACAGUAAUAAUUUAGAGAAGGAAGAAGAGGAAGACAAGCUGGACAAUGGAAGAAUAGAUAAGGAGGAAGAUGGGCUAAAGAAACUGAAGAAAGAGGAAGGGCGUGAGCUCAACACAGAACUCAGAGUGCUGAUCACCAGGGAGAUCCGGAAGCCAGGCCGCUGUUAUGAGAAGAUCUUCUAUCUCCUGAAGCAGGUUCAGGGCAGUCUGGAAACUCGGCUAAUCUUUCUGCAGAACAUCAUCAAAGAGGCAGCAAGGUUUAAGAAGAGGGUUUUGAUCGAGCAGCUAGAGAACUUUCUAGAAGAAAUCCACAUACGAGCCAACGGCCUGAACCAUUUGGACGGCUUCUGAUUACUUAUUGCAAAGGACAGCAUUGUGGGUCACAUAAUAUUAUUCAACCUAUGGGCAAACAGUUGGCUGGAACAUAAUACCCACAGUUCUUCUUUGCCUUUUCCAUUUUUCUUUUUUGUGGUUAUACUCUUCAGUUUCUUUGUUAAGGCAAAGCAAAUUAAUUUAAAUGGAUUCAAGCACGUGUCCUUUUUUAUUGAUACAUUUAAUGACACACUGGUUAAAAUUUUGUCCUUCCAGCUAACACCUAAAGUUAACAGUUAAAAAAUAUAAUGCUGCAUCCCAAACUACCUACUACACAUAAAACAGUAUGCCUAAGAUUAAUAACACCACUAAUGUACUGAUAGUACAAAUGUGGUUUGAGAGUCAGUUACCAAGUACUAGGUAAAAGACAGUUCUCUUCUCGUGUCCUAAAAACAUGGAGGAAACCACAAUGAAAUGUUACAGAAUAAAAUAAAAUUGUCGUAUUGUUAGAA